AUGAAGGUCUCUGCCUCGCUCACCGCCAUUGUCCUCUCUCUGUCCGCAUCCGCCGCGCCCACGACGCUCACUGCGAGGUUCAACAAGAAUUACGACCGCUGCACCACUGGUCGCACGUCGGCGAACUACCUCAGGGACAACUAUCAGCCUUGGAUUGAGCAGUUGUUCUCGCCAUGUGUUGGCCCUACCAACCAGAAGAACAUCUGGUCUAGCAGGACCUGCGUUGCGGCAGCGGUCGCGAUGGGCCCUGCUGUCAUCACCGACUUCGCUGUCUGUGAUAAGGCGGACGCCCUGUUCGAGACCGACCAGCCAAACCUCGACUACGGCGUGUACGCGAGCAUUGUUGGCGACUGUGCAUACGACACCAAGGCCUGCCCCAUCACGGAGCAGAACCUCCUCGACCUCGUCUACAGCGAGCUGUCGAAGGCGGGUGCUACCAUCUGGCCUGCUGAUGGGUCUGAAGUCCUCGCGGACGUUGUCGCUCCUGUCAUCGAGUGGGCGAGCGGCAGCUACACGGGUACCGUGGGCUACACCCGCUUCAACCAGUGGCUGCACGUCUCGGGCUACCCGGGUACCAUCACGGACGGCGGCGAGCACACUGACGGCAAGACGUACUACUAUGACCACGAGAGCGACCGCGACUAA